AUGGCUUCUCUGUCGAUCGCACAGGCCAUUUCGGCAAGCAUCGGUGUCUGCUUGCUCUAUAGAUUUGGCGUCAUCGUUUACCGGCUUUACUUCCACCCUCUGUCGAAAUAUCCAGGACCCAAGCAUCUCGCUAUAUCCGGUUUGCCACAAAUGUAUUACCAGAACGUGACCGGGACAUUCUACAAGGACAUUCGAGCUCUGCAUGAUCAGCAUGGAAACAUUGUUCGUGUAGCUCCAAAUGAGUUAUCAAUCGAUGGUUCCAUUGGAUGGACGGAAGCUUAUGGCCAUAAAAAAGCCGGGGAGCUAGAGUUCAAGAAAGAUAGGCUGUUUUAUCGUCCAUUGGAAAGUGGUCAAGGUGUUAACGGUAGUGGCGUCCAUGAUAUUUUCACUGCCAGCAGGGAGGAUCACCGACGCCAAAGACGACUUAUUGCGCACGCCUUCUCGGAUGCAGCUCUCACGGAACAAGAAGAAUUGAUCCAGACAUACGUUGAUCUUCUGAUGACACGAUUCAGAGAGAACGCUGCUCUAGGCAAAGUAUUGGACAUGGUCAAGUUCUUCAACUUUCUCACAUUUGAUCUCAUCGGCGACCUUGCCUUUGGAGAUCCGUUCGAUUGCCUGCAAACCUCUACCAUGAACGCUUGGAUCAGUAUGAUCUACAUCUUCGUCAAGGCUUCCAGUCAACUUAGAAUCUUCGCUGAGUACCCUCUUUUGAAGCCCCUGCUUCGACUCAUCAUCACCAAAAGCGCACAGGAUCAAGUCAAAAAGAGCAUGGAUUACACUGGCGAGAAACUUGAAAGACGUCUUGCACUUGGGAAGAACCUGCCACGCAAGGACUUCUUAAGCUACAUCCUUCGACACAACGAUGAGAAAGGAAUGAGCCACCCAGAGAUCAUGGGAAACUCAGAAUCAUUCAUCGUUGCUGGAAGUGAAACCACCGCCACGCUUCUUUCAGGACUGACGUACUUCUUGGGUCACAACCCCGCCGCUUGGCAGAGACUGACGACGGAGAUUCGAGAGAGUUUCAGCUCUGAGAAGGAUAUCACUAUGCGUGCUGCCUCGGCCUUACCAUACUUGCAUGCAUGCAUCGAGGAAGGUUUAAGAAUGUAUCCUCCAGCCGCCUUGACCCCACCGCGCAUAUCCCCAGGUGCGAACAUUGAUGGAAAUUAUAUUCCUGAAGGCACCAAAAUCUGGAUCCAUCAAUGGUCCACCUACCACCGGAACUCUAACUUCGCCAUGGCCGAUAACUUCAUUCCAGAGCGCUGGCUACCACAAUCUCAUGCCUAUUACGAACCUCAGUUUGCAAACGAUAAUCAAGCUUGCAUGCAACCAUUCUCCUAUGGUCCAAGGAACUGCAUCGGUAAAAAUCUCGCCUACGCUGAGAUUCGCUUGGCCAUGGCGAAAAUGGCUUGGAAUUUUGAGAUCGAGAUCAUGCCUGAGUGUACAUCUUGGAUGGAAGGGCAGAAGGUUUUCACGGUCUUUCAGAAGCCGCCUUUGUUUGUGAAGCUUCAUCUUCGAGCGGGGAGAGAGGAGAAAGAGCAAGUGGAGCAAAACUAG